AUGAAAUUUGAAGUGCUAGACAGAAUUGUUAUUAUACAAUUCAAUGAUAUCUACCUGGUUGCAGUCGAGGAUGAUCCGAGUGCGCUGCCGGCAAUGAAUUCGCUGGAAUCAUUGCCCGGUAUGAGUACACCGGAGAAUGUUAUUCCCGUUCCUUGCCCCGGAGCACCGCGACGUCGCGGGACGAUCAUUGUGUCCGAUCAAAGUGACGAAGAGACGCCAAUGGAACGAAGUCUUUGA